AUGCAGAGAGUUCAAGUUCUACAUCCUUCACAGGUUCCUCCGCUUCACAAUGCUAGGCAGAUGAAUAGUUCUGCAUACUGGCCACCUGUGCAAACGAUAGGGGCCAAGAAGACUCCUCGAUCUCGAUCUCCGCCGGAGGAUGUGAAGCUCUCGGAUUUCGAGAUGAUGGAUGGCCAAGGAGGCCGCUCUCUGGGCAAGGGAUCCUUCGGUGUCGUGCGGCGCAUCCGACGCAAGGGAACCGAUGAUGUCUAUGCCCUCAAGACAAUGCAGAAGGCAGAGGUGGUGAACGGGCAGCUCGUGGAGCAGGUGGAGAGGGAGAUCCAAGUCCAGCGCACCCUGAAACACGAAAACGUGCUUCGACUCUACAGGCACUUCGAGGACGAAGACACAGUCUAUUUGCUCCUGGAGUACUGCGCGAAAGGGGAGCUCUAUCAGCUCCUCCGGACGCAAAAAGGCCGCAAGUUCAGUGAGCAGACGUCCAAGCACUUCUUCGUCCAGUUGGUCCGUGGUCUGAAGUACCUCCACUCGCACCAAAUUGUGCACAGAGAUCUCAAGCCAGAGAACCUGUUGGUGACUCAUGACGAUGUGCUGAAGAUCGGAGACUUCGGAUGGUGUGCUGCCACAAAUGUCCUACGUACCACAUUUUGCGGGACCAUGGACUACUUGGCACCCGAGAUGAUCCAGGGAAGCGGCCACAACCACACGCUCGACAUCUGGAGCGUGGGCAUCUUGCUCUACGAGAUGAUGGUCGGGCGCCCGCCUUUUCAGAGCACGAACCACACGAUGCUGAUCGACAGGAUCCUGAAGAUCGCCAUCUUCUUCCCGCCUGGCUUGCCUCCGCUGGUGGUGGACCUGGUGCGCCGCUUGCUGAAGCGGGUGGCUGCCUCAGAUGAAGUUGCUGCUGUGGGAGACAAGCACAAUCAGAUAUAUCAGACACUGCUUUCAGAGCUUUCUCUAGAAAGUAUUCAACAUACCCCUAGGGCAUACCCUUAA